AUGGAUACCAAAGAUGCUAUUACCAGCCAAAGCAACGUCGCCUUAGAGUUAACCAAGCAACUGUUUCUGACUGAAUUCAAAGGCCAGAACAUGGUGUUCUCGCCGCUUUCCCUCCACUUUUCUCUGAGCCUAGUAGCAUCCGGGACAAAGGGUCCUUGUCUGGAUGAGUUCCUCUCUUUCCUGAAGUCCAGAUCCACCCACCACCUCAACUCCCUCGCCCAUGACAUCGUCACUUUCGUUUUAGCCAGUGGAUCACCCAGCCGUCCCGAAAUUGAGGAAAGAUACGGUCCUGGUCCUCGUUUGUCCUUUGCCAAUGGCGUUUGGGUCGACAAGUCUCUUCCUUUCAAGCCCUAUUUCAAACAUGUAGUAGACACUGCUUACAUGGCGGCUCUAGAGGAAGUCGAUUUCAAGUCCAACCCUAAACAAGUGAGCAUACAAGUGAAUUCCUGGGCUGAGAAGGAGACCAACGGCCUCAUCAAAGACAUUCUUCCUGCAGAUGCUGUCGAUAGCAACACGAAGCUCAUCUUUGCAAAUGCUUUAUACUUCAAAGCAUAUUGGGUUGAGAAGUUUUCCAAAUCAGCGACUAGAAAGCGUAACUUCUACCUUCUGGAUGGGAGCUCGGUUAAAGGAGUUCCUUUCAUGAGAGACGGGGGCUACCAGUCUAUUUGUGCCUUUGAAGGCUUCAAAGUCUUGAAGCUUCCUUACCGAAACCUUGGAGUUUCACCCCGGUGUUUCUCUAUGUACUUUUGCCUUCCGGAUGCAAGAGAUGGGCUGCCAGCUUUGGUUGAGGAUUUUUGUUCUGGGUCCGAAUUUUUGGAGGGCUGUAUUCCUGAUGAAGAGCUUUAUGUUGGUGAAAUGUUAAUCCCAAAGUUUAAGAUUUCUUCUGGUUUCGAAGCUUCAAAAGUGUUGAAGACAUCAGGCCUGGUGUUGCCUUUCAUUUUUGAUCCUGUUAAAGGAGGUAAUGUGACAGAGAUGGUGGAGUCUCCGGCCGGUGAAGACCCAUACGUCUCGGCAAUGUUUCAUAAGUCGUGUAUUGAAAUUGAUGAAGAAGGUACUGAAGCUUCAGCUGUGACUGUUACUCAAAUGUGUGGCGGGGGUGCUCCUCCUGUGGAAAUAGACUUUGUGGCGGAUCACCCAUUCGUGUUUUUCAUCAGAGAAGACAGAACAGGAACGGUGUUGUUCAUGGGGACUGUGCUCAAUCCCCUUGCUGGCUAA